AUGAAUAGCGAUGCUACUAUAGAUCCUAGAGAGAUUGAAGGGCGCCCGUUGCCGGAUACAUCUUCACAUCUCGACGACCGUAGCUUGAGCAGCCAUCCUUCUGGAGACAUGAAAUUAGACAUUAGUAUCGUCCAGAAUAUCGUCAAUAUGCUGCAGGAUGCCGAUCUCUUGUCGCGCGAAGCGCUCGCCUCUGCAUCAUCCUCUCGAGGGGAACGUGCACUCGGGAUGAUCGAUUCACUGUUCCACGGUCUAACCGGCGUCGAUGAGGCAUUCGGACGUCUGUGUGACGAAUUGGACUUUCGGCGUGCGAAAAUCGCUCGUAUCGUCGGUCCCAGUCACAACAAGAACCUCCCUAUCAUGCGCCUUUCAGACGAUAUCCUCCAUAUCAUAUUCAAGAACGCGGCUGAGCCUAUCGGUAGAACAGGCUCACUAGGAUGGGUGGCGAUAUCUCAUGUCUGUUCUGCUUGGCGUCGUAUCGUGCUGUCUAUGGCCACGUUAUGGGCCGGUGAAGUGGGCGCAUUCCGUUCUGAAGCAAGUUUCGGAGAAAUACUUCUUCGAGCUCGAGAGGCGCCGUUGAUCGUGAAGAAUCCCUGGGCUUGGUUCGAUCAUGGCCCACUUCCGGAACAUUACUGGCCUGCUCUAUCCCGGCCGUCCAGGAUCCGUGCUAUCUAUUUUGAAAGGCUACAUCAGGACGAUGUCAGGCGCCUCGCCACUAUCCUGAGCAGUGGUCCGUCCACAGAUCUGUACUCCUUGGCUCUUGGCUCGAGAGCAGAAGCAUUCCAUGAAUCACAUCCGGCUAUGGCUUAUCAUCCCAGCCUGCGUUGGCUGUCAUUCCAGAACCUAUUCAUCCCGUUCCAGGGUCAUGGCCUCGUCGGACUUCUCAUCAACGGAGAAUCGGGCGAUAACCAGUCGGGCGUUACCCUGGAUCAAUUUCUCGACAUACUGCAAACCUGCAGGAACUUGUCCAUCAUGUCCCUCUGCCAAUGGAUGCCCUCUGUCGGGCACGCUGAUGUUGAUAUCCGAGCAUCGCGCAAGGUGGAGCUGCCCCGCCUCCGGGUCCUCGCAAUGCUUUCGUUCUCAAACGACCGAAAUGCGUCCUAUAUCGAUCUCUGCACACGCCUCACCCUUCCUCUUCUCACUUAUCUUGCUCUUGACGAGGCACCCAGGUUCAAGCCAGAAGCCAUCUCCGCGUUAUUGAGCUGGAUAUUAUCGAGCGCCCCAAUGGCGCCGUGUGUCGAGCAGGCCGAUUAUAUGAGCGUGAUCAGCAAUUGUCGCCGGAGCCUAGACGUCAACAUCCACGGCAUGCGAGACCCCGAUCUGGUUCCACAAUUUUGCCACUAUUUGAACAACGAACUCAACGAGUGGACCAAGCUCGGGAGUGGGAUUAGUCUUUCUUUCAAGAACAUAACGAACGACGAGGGCGUGCCGAUGACAGACAGUGCUCUCUUCCGAUCAGUGACGCGCGGGUACGCGGACGCCCUGUGCGCUCCUUACCGACACGCUUUUAAUGGUGUCCAAUUCGACUCUCAGAGCAGCGCGGUCGAUUGGGACGACAUACUGCGCGCUCUCGCAGACAUAGAGACGCUCUACAUCCCACAGCUCCCCUUCAUCAUGUUGGAUGAACCUGACAAUGUCGUCCAAGACGGUAUGCUAGCCGCUCUGACGAGGAUUAGCCCAGAUGGAACGAUGCUGUUGCCCAAACUUCGGACGAUCGUGUGUGCGGGUUUCUACUUCCUACGACCCGAUUCGACGGCUGUCAAUGCCAGGCAUAAGAUCAUCGUAGACCCGGUGUACGAGAUGCUUCGUGUGCGCGCUGCGCAUGGUGUACCUGUGUAUCGCAUGAGGGUCAACUCUGGAUCUGACAAUGAAGAUGAGGAAGAGCAGGACGAGCAGGAUGCACAAACGAACGCGUACCUCCGCGAGCUCGUCGCGUCUUAUUUAAGAGGGGUGAAUCCCGAACUUAACACAGACACUUAA